AGGACAGUGAUCAUUUAGAACUAUCCCACGCCAGACCCCUUGAGAUGCCAGCGUUUUCUAUUGAUAAUUUAAGAUUUGAUGUUGCCUAAUUCUCUGGUUUGCCAGUUUGCUGGUUGAAAUGCGUUAACCUUGAACUGAAAAACUGACAGCGAUGACCCAAUCCAGUGAAACUCACAGAACACAAGUUGUAGAAACGAAAACCAAUGCAGCAAUGUAAUUUUCUUUGUAAAGAUUGAAGAUGGCAAACGGCAAUGCAAAAGUUAGAUAUCAGUUAUUAUAGCAAACGAUUAACAACGUUCAGCGUACAUAGAACAACAAAAUCUGCAACAAUAUAAAAUCAUACAACUAUAAAGUUUGUCUAAUGAAACCCAUAUAAGCCAGAAACCCACAAAAUUUAGCAUUACUAACCCUAAACUGAGAAAAGCGCACUUCACAUCGAAAAUCCUAGAAAGCAGCUGAGCAAAGCCCCGGAUGUAGGACCAUAAUUCCAAGAUCAAAAUCAGUAUGCCAAAAUCAGUAGACCAUAAAAAAUGCGAUAUUAGGCUAGCGUGAACAAUUGUCGUUUGACAUUGAGGCUGCUUUGCCUAACAGAUCACUGUUUUAUGAAUUUCUAAAUAUAUUUGUCCCAGGAUAUUUGCCGAACGUUAUCGCCGUUGCUAAGUCAAUGCCCGUGGACAAUGUCUCCUAAUAUUUUUUCUGACUCAUUUUGUUAAUCAUUACAAGACGAAUAGAUAAACGCGCCAUUUUCCAGUGAACGUAUCAUUUUUGGAGAGAAUACGUCAUUUCGAGUGCAUUCUAAAGCUAGGUUAGCUCUGUGCUGAGUCGACGGCGAUGGCGUCGAUGGAAAAUUUACUCAAGAUUGACAAAAAGGAUCAUGCUUACGAAGUUCUUCAAAAUUUAAACAGCUACAGAAAAGAGAAAAAACAUUGUGACUUUCUAAUCAAAGCGGGGUCCGAGGAAAUUCCAGCUCACAGGAAUGUUUUGUCGGCAUGCUCUGACUAUUUCAGGGGGAUGUUAUCCCAUGAGACUAAAGAAAAUGAGUCUGGAGUUGUGACAAUUAAGAAAGCAGACCCCACAUGUGUAAAGAGAUGCAUCAAUUUCAUCUACACCGGAGAAGCGUCAGUUGAAGGGGUAGCACAUGCAGACUUGAUGCAUGUAGCUCAUUUAAUGCAACUUCAAAGGUUGUGUGAUGGAGUUACUCUUUCUCUCGAGGAAGAGCUCAAUGCUGAAUCCUUUUUUCUCACGAAGCAAAUUGCAAACACUUUCUUUAUCAAGCAUUUAGAAGAAGUAUGUGAGAGAUAUGCACAAGAAAACUUUCGAUUGAUUUCACUGGAAGAUGGUUUUAAAAAGCUGGAAAAGGAUUAUGUUUCAUUCUUGAUCAAAUCAAAAUCCACCCAGGCAUCUGAGUCUGCAAAGUGCAAAAGCAUUAAUUAUUUGGGCUAGUGUUGAUUUGGAAUCACGUAGCAAGUGCUUCGAAGAUGUUCUCGGUCAUCUGGAUUCUUCUGAAAUUCC